UUUGGGUUAGUUAUUUGAGCUCUCUCUGAGGGGAGAGUCUAAGGUUCUGGGAAGGAAAUCAUUCUUCUUGUGAAUGCGACACACACUGUCUCCAGUUUCCAUAUGCUGAGAUUAUACUUCCUCAUCAGUUUGAUGUGCUUGGUGAGACCAGACACAGAUGAAACAUGUCCUUCAUUUACCAAACUGAGCUUUCACAGUGCAGUGGUUGGAACGGGACUAAACGUGAAGCUGAUGCUCUACACAAGGAGAAACCCGACCUGCGCACAGGCCAUCAACUCCACAGUUUUGGGGAACUUGAACGUGACCAAGAAAACCAUCUUCACUGUCCAUGGAUUCAGGCCGACAGGCUCUCCUCCAGUUUGGAUGGAGGACUUAGUAGAGGGUUUGCUCUCUGUAGAUGACGUGAACGUGGUUGUUGUUGAUUGGAAUCAAGGAGCUACAACUGUAAUAUACAACCAUGCCUCUAGAAAGACCAGAAAAGUAGCAAUAGUCUUGAAGGAAUUUAUCGACCAAAUGCUGGCAGAAGGAGCUUCUCUGGAUGACAUAUACAUGAUUGGAGUAAGUCUAGGAGCCCACGUAGCUGGGUUUGUUGGAAAGAUGUACAAUGGCCAGCUGGGAAGAAUUACAGGUCUGGACCCUGCAGGCCCUUUAUUCAAUGGGAGACCUCCAGAGGACAGAUUAGAUCCCGGUGACGCACAGUUCGUUGACGUCAUCCAUUCUGACAUUGAUGCACUGGGCUACAGGGAACCAUUAGGAAACAUAGACUUCUACCCAAAUGGAGGAUUGGAUCAACCUGGUUGCCCCCAAACAAUAUUUGGAGGAAUGCAGUAUUUUAAGUGUGACCACCAGAGGUCCGUGUACCUGUACCUUUCUUCGCUGAGAGAGAACUGCACCAUCACCGCGUAUCCCUGUGACUCCUACCGGGAUUAUAGGAACGGCAAGUGUGUCAACUGUGGCAUAUCACAGACGGAGUCCUGCCCCCUUCUGGGCUACUAUGCUGAUAAUUGGAAAGACUAUUUAAGGGAGCGGGAUCCUCCUAUGACUAAAGCGUUCUCUGACACAGCUGAGGAGAAACCCUUCUGCAUAUAUCAUUACUUUGUGGAUAUUAUAACUUGGAACAAGAACAUACGAAGAGGAUCCAUUACAAUCAAAUUGAGAGACAAAGCUGGAAACACCACAGAAUCCAAAAUCAAUCAUGAACCCACAACAUUUCAGAAAUACCACCAAGUGAGUCUGCUUGCAAGAUUCAAUCAAGAUCUAGAAAAAGUGGCAGCCAUUUCCUUGGUUUUCUCUACAGGAUCUGUAAUAGGCCCGAGGUACAAGCUCAGGAUUCUCCGAAUGAAGUUAAGGUCACUUGCCCAUCCAGAGAGGCCCCAGUUGUGUCGGUAUGAUCUUGUACUGAUGGAAAAUGUUGAAACAGUCUUCCAACCUAUUCUUUGCCCAGAGUUGCAAAUGUAACUGUUGUCAGGACACCCGGGUACCAGUAACAUCAAGAAUGCUACAACUACAGGAUUUUUAAAGCUUCACCUCGCCUUCUCCUCAAGGCAUAAAAAGUACGGAAUAACCAGGGUUUUUUUUGUUUUGUUUUUUUUACAGUCAUGUCCUGUGGAUGUCAUAUUGCAAAAUGUCAAGUGACCCUGGAUUAUGAAACAGUCCUGCGAAGGGAGCCCCUAAAUAGGGCAAGUCAGAAAUAGCCAGGCUCCUGACGGCCCAGCGUCUUGUUAGGCUGUGUCCUGGGGCCUCAUUUGUUCCGAACUGUCGAUUCUGCUGCCUGUCACUCGGGCAUUUCUGCCAAUCACAGUGGCCAGCCAAGCAUCUUAAAGGGAAGGACUGGCUGGAGACCUCACUUUGGACUCGACCCCAUGUUCCCUGUGCCAGAUCCCUCCAGGCUCUGCACAGAGAGGGAAUGGCUUCCUGCCUUGUUUAAAGUGGGGUUGGUGCAGGAGGAGGUGGGGACAGACCAACAGCCAAGAAGGCAGCUGCUGGGACUAGUGGAUGAGGGAAGAAGAGCAGAUGAAGCAGUGGGGCAGCCUCGCUCACAGGGACAAGGGAUAGAGAGGCAGGAGAGAAAAAGCAGAGCUUGUUUUUCACUUAAGGUGAAGAAGCAUCACUUUACAUGCAACCCUCAUUUUAAGCAAUACUUAAGAAAUGUUUUGUUUUUCUUUAUUACCAAUGUAAUCUGUAAUUAUUGAAGGAAAUUUCAAAAAUGCACAGAUGCAAAAUGAAAAUAUGCUAUCCAUAAUCCCACCUGUUAGAGGUUAAUUAAUGUUAACCUUUUGGAGAGAUGCUAAAUAACUUGUUUUGCCAACAUGUGAAUUCAAAGCACUAACCGGUCUGCUCUUGGAGCACCUGAAGCUCCCAGUUUGAGGAAUUCUCAGGCUUCCGUAGGAAGAGGUGUGAUCCAUGAAUCUGAAAUGACAACAGCAGCCAAGUCAAGAGGCCCUCCCAAGGGCCAAGGUCAGAGAGGUCAGAACCACUUGAGGUCAGAUGCCCAGGGGGGAGACAGAGCCAAAGGGGUGGACAUCACCCAUCCCCCGGCUGCGGCCACUGCAGGAAGGUUCCUGGGAUUCCUGAGAGUCAUAGGUCCACUAACCUCCCCCCAUCCAAGUGACUGCUCUUCUACUGCUUUCUGUGUGGAGAGCCGUAUUUUAAAGAAACAGACUCUCCGUUUCAUAAAUGAUGGAACUCUGUAAAUAUAA